AUGGAACAAGAAACAAAAUGUAAGCCUAAUCAUAAUCAUGGCGAUAUGGUUGAAUCAACUGCAGAUGAUUCCAUGACAUCGUCUCAUUAUUGUUUUGGUUUAAAAAUGAAAUCACAUGAGAUUCAUGAAGGAAAAAGUAAGUCAUUAUGUAGAAAUCCAGUUGGUUCAUCAACAUCAAUAUCUAUGCCAAUUGCAUGGCCUAAAAGAGUUGGAUCAAGGAAAAAAAUCAAAUACAAGCACAGAAUUCGAAGAAAAAUCCGAAUGUGGAAUUAA